CUCUCUCUCUGUCUCCUCGCGCGCGGGCCGCGCGCUGUGCUUCCCAUCUGCGCUUCUCCCAGUCGGUCACGCUGCGCGCUCUCCUUCCUCCGUCCCCGUCUGGACCCUGUCGGAUUAAUAUUACAGCACUUCUCCGGACUGUACGAUGAAAGCCAGACCUCUCGUAAUUUUCCACACCUGCUACUUUCUGUUUGUUCUUCUGUCAGGGGUUUCCUGCUCCGAGGCAGAGCACCGGCUGUUCUCCGUCAUCUUCUCCGGCUAUAACCAGUACAUCAGACCAGUGGAGAAUGUGUCCGACCCGGUCAUAGUUCAGUUUGAGGUGUCCAUGUCACAACUCGUCAAAGUGGAUGAGGUGAACCAGAUUAUGGAGACCAAUCUUUGGCUGCGACAUAUUUGGAAUGAUUAUAAGCUCAGGUGGAAUCCCAAGGAUUUCGGAGGGGUCGAGUUUAUCCGUGUGCCCUCCAACAAGAUCUGGAAGCCGGACAUUGUGUUGUACAACAAUGCAGUCGGAGAUUUCCAGGUGGACGAUAAAACCAAAGCUCUUCUGCGCUACAACGGAGACGUAACCUGGAUCCCACCGGCCAUCUUCAAGAGCUCCUGCAAGAUCGACGUCACAUACUUCCCGUUCGACUACCAGAACUGCACCAUGAAGUUUGGCUCGUGGACCUACGACAAGGCCAAGAUCGACCUGGUGCUGAUCGGUUCCACCAUCAACCUGAAGGAUUUCUGGGAAAGCGGCGAGUGGACAAUUAUUGAUGCUCCUGGAUACAAGCACGACAUCAAGUACAACUGCUGCGAGGAGAUCUACACGGACAUCACAUACUCGCUCUACAUCCGCCGCCUGCCUCUGUUCUACACCAUCAACAUGAUCAUUCCCUGUCUGCUCAUCUCCUUCCUGACGGUUCUGGUCUUCUACCUUCCCUCCGACUGUGGCGAGAAGGUGACAUUGUGCAUUUCCGUUCUCCUCUCGCUCACGGUUUUCCUCCUGGUCAUCACGGAGACCAUCCCGUCCACGUCUCUCGUCAUCCCCCUGAUCGGAGAGUACCUUCUUUUCACCAUGAUAUUCGUCACGCUCUCCAUCGUGAUCACAGUCUUCGUGCUCAAUGUGCAUUACCGCACGCCUAAGACGCACACCAUGCCGAGUUGGGUGCGGCGCGUGUUUCUGAGUUUGCUCCCUCGGAUCAUGUUCAUGACGCGGCCUGAUAAAGACCCGGAGAGACCCGGAGGCCCGGAGAGACCGUGCGCUCUUCAUGCUCCUGGUCCGGUUUCUGCCAAACCACACGUUCUGUCGCAACGUCCUCAACUCCUUCUGUGCACAACUGAGCUCAACAACCUGGCCGAGGCGUCCAAGAUGGCGUCCGGCUUUCUGUGUCGAGACGGCCGAUGCACAUGCUGCUGGAAUCAACACCGCACCGAAGCGGGAGAAGACGGAGGUGGAGGAGCCAGUCCCGGCUCCAGCUCCGGGUCCUCGGAUGGGUUUCUGUGCAAGUCCGCUCUCUCACCACAAGUCAGAGAGGCCAUUGAGAGCGUCAAGUAUAUCGCAGAAAACAUGAGGCUGCAGAAUGAGGCCAAGGAGGUCCAAGAUGACUGGAAGUAUGUUGCCAUGGUGAUUGAUAGGAUCUUCCUGUGGGUGUUUGUCCUGGCGUGCAUUCUGGGAACGGCCGGACUCUUCCUGCAGCCGCUCCUGUUGGGCGAGGACAUGUGACGCCUUCACACACACAGACUUUAAAUCCCAACAUUUUGAUAAUCAGAAUCUAAUUUUAGCAAUCCUAAAUCGGCAUUUUUUUACGUAUUUAUAUCAUGUUUGGUUUAGAGUUGAAUGAAAAGACUCGGGGACCUCUAAGGGUUAAAAUGGAGCAGCAUCAUCGACUUUCAGGAAGAUUUCGUGCACCCACCCAACGGCUUACUCUGUGUCAAUUCACAUUUUCAUCAAAGUCAUCCAACCCUGUUACCUUAUACAAGGAUAAAAAACAUUUGGUUGAAGGACAGACUGAAUAUUUGGCGAGUGUCUGAGGCUUAUUAGAGGAUUCAGUGUCUUAAAAGAAUAAUUCACCCAAAAAUGGACAUUUAUCUGCCCUCGGAUGUUCCUAACACACGUGAUCUUUUUUUCUUUUGUGGUUCCAGAAUUUUUGUAUAGCAGCUCCAAAAUAUGGAAGCUUGUUUCCACCACAGAAUAAAACAUAAGAAAGGUAA